AUGGAAGAAAAUUUAAAUGGUGUUGUAUUGUGUGACAACCUUAUCAAAUGGUUACAGACUCUGAAUCUUACGGCUAAACAUGGAAAUCCAUCUGAAUUGUCUGAUGGAGUGGCAAUAGCAGAAGCAUUAACACAGAUUGCUCCUGAAUACUUUACUCCGUCAUGGAAUUCAAAAAUAAAAACUGAUGUUGGCAAUAAUUGGAGGCUAAAAGUGAGCAACCUAAAGAAAAUAUUGGAGGGUGUUGUUGACUAUCACCAGGAUAUCCUGAAUCUGAGUUUACAAGAAUUUUCAAGGCCGGAUGUAGUAAAUAUUGCUGAAACUGCAGAUCAGUCUGAUCUAGGCAGAUUAUUGCAACUUGUCCUCAGUUGUGCAGUAAAUUGCAUAAAAAAAGAAGGUUAUAUUACUCGUAUUAUGGAAAUGGAGCUAUCAUGCCAGCGUUCAAUAAUGCAAGCAAUACAGGAACUGGAGACAUUGACACUGAGCGUGAACCGUAGCAGUUUGCACUUGGAGCCGGCGCCGGUAGAACAGAUUGAUGCUGACAUGAAAGAAGUGCUUGCGCAGCGAUGUCAUGAAUUGGACACAAAGGUGAAAGUACUUCAAGAGGAGAAGAUGACUUUGCUGGGUGAGGUCGCUCGGCUUUCUGCUGCGCAGGACGCGGCGGGAGGAGACGACGCGUGUGAGUUGGACGACACGGGCGCGUCGAUGGGCCCGGCGCACGCGGGUACCUUGCGGUACAGCAAGAUGCGUGCGCAACUCAACGCGCUCAAAGAUGAACUAGACAAGGUUGAGCUUCAGAGAGACGAUCAUCGCGCUCGAUGCGAUUCCCUGGAAAGGGAGCUGGCGAUACUCAAGCUCAGGAAUGAAGAAUUACAGAUGGCGGCUUCGGAAAACGUUGCGUUGAAGGAUGAGGUGGAUGCGCUGAGAGAGACUGCUGCUAAGGCCGCAACCCUCGAAGCCACGGUCGCUUCUUACAAGAAGAGGAUGGAGGAACACGUCGACUUACGGCGACAAGUGAAACUUCUAGAACGUACUAACACGGAACAUGUUCAGAGAGCAAUCGAGCACGAACAAGCGGCGGCGCGCGCUAACGCAAUACGGGCACAACUUGACAUCUACAAGAAACAGGUGACAGAUUUGAAUGAGAAAUUAGACGCGGAGAUAACGAAGGCGGACCGUUUAGAAAUAGAUAAUAAGAAGUUGAGCAGCCAAUUGGCUUCGGUGCAGCGCGAGCGAGAGACUUUGCUGCAAGAGCGAGACACACUGCGCGAGACCGUCGACGAACUACGAUGUUCCACUGUGACGACUGGUGCGAGCGAAGACAAUGUAUCACGGGAGUUGAUACCGAACGAAAUAAAGGAACAAUUGAUUCGUCUGGAACACGAGAACAAGCUGUUAAGGCAAAACCAGGGCGCUCAGGCUGACCAGGCAUCAGUUCAGGCACUCCUAGAAGACUAUGCGGCACGUUUGGAAAAGCAACGCGCUUUGAACCGUGAGGCGAAUCAACGCAUCAUGCAGUUGGAAGCGAACCUGGAAGCGCCGCACCCGCGACUUGCAUCCGCCAUUGAGGACAGUCAGAGGAAAUCGUUACAAGUAGAAGAACUCACAGCGGCAUUAUCAGAAGAACGAAGGCGGACGAGUAAACUGCAGGAAACGCUUUCCGCUCGAGAAACAGAACUGUUGGCUACUGAAGACAAGUAUAAGAAAUGUGUCGAGAAAGCCAAAGAAGUCAUCAAAUCCCUGGACCCGAGGGCUACUGGCCAGCCUUCGCUAUCGGACAUCACGUUGGGAUAUUCGCGCGGCACGGGCAGUAACAGUGCGAGCGCAUCCAGAGGCGAAGCCACUCCAGCUAAUAACAACAGACAAGAGUGGAGCGGCAGCAGCGGCAGUAGUACAGAAGGCGCUCGCCCCGGCCACAACGAGCAGCGUCUCCUGGCGUCCGCUUGGUACCAACUCGGCGCGCGCUGCCACAGGGAAGCGGUCGAGACCAGAUUCGCGCUCCUAUCAGCCGGGCACUCGUUCCUCGCCCGUCAGAGGAGACAGCCGCCCCGCCCCCGUGCCCCCGCCCCCGCGCCCCCUACCCCUACACCCUCCACACCCGCGCAAUGA